CAUUAGAAUGAGAAGAGUGAAGCUCAAUUGGACACAGCUCGGACUGAGCAACCUAACCCAGUACGUACGCUACAAGAAAAUGGCGGGAAAGCUUGGCGCCAAAACCCGCGAAACUCCAUUUUUGGUGGCAAUCCCUAUAUUUAAACCCAACCCAUAUUCUGCUCGGUUCCUAAAACUCAGCUUUUGCAAAUACCCAUUUCUCAACCGUUCCUUCUCUACAGUCCUCACCAUGGCUCAGCCAGAUCUUCAAAAUCACAGCCCCGAAAUCAAAGAACCAUCGCUGAAGAUCCCAAAGCUUGGCCAAAACGGCGUCGCUGCUGAAAUCUCGAAGGACCCCAUUUCACUACUCAGAGUGAAAAAGCUUUCUGAGAAAGCUGUUUUACCUUCCAGAGGCUCUCCUCUCUCUGCUGGCUACGAUCUCUCCAGUGCAACGGAGACUAAAGUACCAGCAAGAGGAAAAGCAUUGGUUCAAACCGAUCUGAGCAUUGCAAUCCCUGAAGGAACUUACGCUCGUGUUGCGCCAAGGUCUGGAUUGGCGUGGAAGCACUCGAUCGAUGUGGGUGCAGGUGUGAUCGAUGCUGACUACAGGGGUCCAGUUGGGGUUAUACUGUUUAACCAUUCGGAUGUUGAUUUUGAGGUGAAAGUGGGUGAUAGGAUUGCACGGUUGAUUAUUGAGAAGAUCUUGACACCUGAUGUGAUCGAGGUUGAGGAUUUGGACGCCACGGUUAGAGGCGAGGGUGGGUUCGGGUCCACUGGUGUAUGAGCGAGCUGCUUUGCUAUUAGCAACGGUGCCAUUACUCCUGCUUUCGUUUUCUUAGGGAUUAGAUUUAGGAUCAGUGACUUGUUUGAUAUUGUGGUCUGUGAGUAAUUAUGUCGAACCGUUAGUGAGCAAGUUGUACUGAUAUUGCUUAAUGAUAUUUUCAAUGGAAUUUAAGAAGCUUUAUUCUGUAAA